AUGCGCUCCGUCUCCGUUCGCAAAGGGACUGUGACUUCCUUGAGCCUUGCAUUCACCACCACCACUACCACCCUAGUCACACCUUGGAGAACGUUUACCACCCUCACUUCUCCCCAGCUUCUCAGACAACAGCACCAGCUCCUGGUCGCCAGACGCGGCUGCUACCGCAUUCCUCCAGCCCUCACUUUCAGAGGCGAUUACUAUAAGACCACGCGACGAACGGCCCUUGACCCAACCCAUCAUCGUUUCUUCUCCUCCUCCCCGUUACUCGCCGACGCAGUCGCUUCUGAGGACCCAUUGAUAGCGCCGCAAACUCAAUCUUCUAAUCCGUCAACUACCACAACGACGACCGCAGACAUGAACGGCAACAACACGUCGCCGCGCUCCAAGCGCAAGGCCCCGACGAGCCCCGAGAGCCUGCGACCGCAUAAACAGCACCGCGCCCUUAAUGGCAAGCUGUCUGCUGGCGACAAUACUCCCGAAAUCGAGAUUGACCACCCGUCCUUCGUCGAGGAAGACGGAUCCGAGCUAGAGGACACUUCGAUGCUGAACAGCAUGUUCCCCAUCACCCAGGAACCCGAGGUUUGGCAGAAGACAAUUGAGAAUGUUGUGAGCAACGUUGUCUCCAUCCGUUUCUGCCAGACCUGCUCCUUCGAUACGGACCCGGCGUUAACGAGCGAGGCGACUGGUUUUGUGGUGGACGCUCAGAAAGGAUACAUCCUGACAAACCGACAUGUUGUUGGAGCAGGCCCCUUCUGGGGUUACGUUGUCUUUGACAACCACGAGGAGGUCGAUGCGUACCCCGUCUACCGCGAUCCUGUUCAUGACUUCGGUAUCUUGCGAUUCGACCCCAAGGCCGUCAAAUACAUGAAAUUGAACGCGUUACAGCUCCGGCCGGAUCUCGCAAAGGAAAGUGGGGGCGCUGACGUAUUUGCAGUUGGCGUCGAGAUCAGGGUUGUAGGUAACGAUGCUGGAGAGAAGCUCAGUAUCUUGUCUGGUUUUAUCAGCCGCCUCGACCGAAAUGCACCCGAGUAUGGUGAUGGAUACAGCGAUUUCAACACAUGUUACUACCAAGCCAAUGCGGCCGCGAGUGGUGGCAGUUCUGGCAGUCCAGUGGUCAACAUCGAUGGUUUCGCAAUUGCCUUGCAAGCAGGCGGACGUUCUGACGGUGCUUCGACAGACUAUUUCCUCCCGCUUGACCGGCCAUUGAGAGCUUUACAGUGCAUCCAGCAAGGCAAGCCCGUCACCAGAGGCGAUAUUCAGUGCCAGUUUCUGCUGAAGCCUUUCGAUGAGUGCAGACGUCUGGGUCUCACCCCAGAAAUGGAGGCUGCUGCACGACGAGCUUUCCCCAAGGAGAACAACAUGCUUGUUGCAGAGAUUGUGCUUCCCAAGGGACAAUCUGACCAAAAGAUUGAGGAGGGCGAUAUCCUCAUCAAAUUCAACGGGGAGAUGGUGACUCAAUUCAUCCGGUUGGACGACCUAUUGGACUCAAAUGUCGGCAAGACGAUCCACCUCCAGCUUCAGCGUGGUGGUGAGGACAUUGAGGUCGAGAUCGAAGUCGGUGAUCUGCACCAGAUCACUCCCGACCGUUUUGUAUCUGUCGCUGGGGCCAGCUUCCAUAGCUUGUCUUACCAACAAGCUCGCCUGUACGGCGUCGCUUGCCAAGGAGUCUUUGUUUGCGAGGCCACUGGCUCCUUCAGAUUUGAUAACUCUGACAAUGGCUGGCUCAUUCAAAGUGUUGACCACAAAAAAACACCCGACUUGGAGUCCUUCAUCGAAGUUAUGAAGGCCAUCCCGGACAAGUCGAGGGUGGUUGUGACACACAAACAUCUCCGCGAUUUACAUACUCUCAACACAACAGUCAUUUACGUCGACAGGCAUUGGUCGGCCAAAAUGAAGAUGGCCGUCAGAAACGAUGAGACUGGUUUGUGGGACUUCACUGAUCUCGCGGACCCUCUGCCUCCCAUCCCCCCAGUUCCUCGCUCUGCAUCUUUCAUCCAGCUUGAGAACGUGAAGCAUCCUGCUAUUGCUGAUCUGGUGCGCAGCUUCGUUCACGUUAACUGCACCAUGCCCGUUAAGCUUGAUGGCUUCCCCAAGAACAGGAAGUGGGGUAUGGGUCUGGUUAUUGAUGCUGAGAAAGGUCUCGUCGUGAUCUCAAGAGCCAUCGUGCCUUAUGAUCUGUGUGAUGUGACCAUUACCAUUGCCGACUCGAUCAUUGUUGAGGGCAAGGUUGUUUUCCUUCACCCUCUGCAAAACUAUGCCAUUGUCCAGUAUGACCCGAAGUUGGUUGACGCCCCUGUCCAGAGUGCAAAGUUGAGCACCGAAAACAUUUCACAGGGCGCUUCAACCAACUUUAUGGGAUACAACAGAAUCGGAAAGAUUGUUCACGCGUCGACAACGGUCACUGAGGUCACUGCGGUAGCAAUUCCUGCCAAUUCUGGUGCACCUAGAUACCGCGCCAUCAAUGUCGAUGCCAUCACUGUUGACACGAGCUUGAGCAACCAGUGCGGUAGCGGUGUUCUUGUUGCGGAUGAUGGUACCGUUCAAGCUCUCUGGCUCACGUACUUGGGUGAGCGCUCGCCUUGCUCCAACCGAGAUGAGGAAUACCACCUCGGUCUCGCUACACCAACCCUUCUCUCUGUCGUUUCUCAAAUUCAACAGGGGCUUGUCCCGAAGCUGAGGAUGCUGUCCGUCGAGUUCCGGGCUAUUGCCAUGGCUCAAGCUAGAGUCAUGGGUGUUUCUGAUGAGUGGAUUCACAAGGUUACUGAGGCCAACAAAACCCACCAUCAGCUGUUCAUGGUUAGCAAACGAACAUUCGAACGUGGCCAACAAUCCGGUGCCCUGCUGGAAGGUGACAUUUUGCUUACCCUCAACGGUAAGGUCAUCACCAAGGUUUCGGAACUGGAUGUCAUGUACUCGCAUGAAGUUCUCGAUGCCGUGAUUGUCCGUGACUGCCAAGAGCUUCAUAUUCAGGCUCACACUGUCGCCGCCGACGACCUUGAGACUGAUCAUGCUAUAUCCUUCUGCGGCGCCAUUCUGCACCGACCGCACCAUGCCGUGAGGCAGCAGAUUAGCAAGCUGCAUAGUGAGGUUUAUGUCUCCGCCCGUACUCGAGGUUCGCCUUCUUACCAGUACGGUCUUGCGCCCACCAACUUCGUCACUCAUGUGAACGGAAAGCCGACACCCGACCUGGAAUCUUUCCUUGCUACCGUUCAGAAGAUUCCUGAUAACACUUACUUCCGCCUGAAGGCCGUCACAUUCGACAGCGUUCCAUGGGUCAUCACCAUGAAGAAGAACGAGCAUUACUUCCCAACUAUGGAGUGGCUGAAAGACCCCGCGGAGCCGUGUGGCUGGAGGAGAAAGACGUACGAGGGAGGCAAGGUUUUCGAGGGCGAGGGCCCUGAUGGAGUUCUUGCCAAUACUGAAGAUGCCGAGAUAGUCGAGGAGCACCCGGCUAUUUAA